AUGGCAACAGAUCAUUUCGUACCUCCUUUCUUAACUAUCGAGGAGAAAAGCUACACCAAUAACACUGUACAUAAAAACCAAGACACAGAUACCACAGUUAAGGAAAAUCAAGAGACCAACAACACUGUCGAGGAAAAUCAUGACACCAGUCUUGCUACUGAGGGAAAUCAUGACACCAAUACUACCACUGAGGGAAAUCAUGACACCAAAAUUACCACUGAAGAAAAUCCCACUGUAGUGGAAAAUAAAGAAACAAGUGAAUCUUUGGAGAGAAGUCAACACUCCAAUACCACUGUGGCAGAGGGAGGCCUCCAGUUGAUGAUAAAUACGAGCUGGCAGGAUUCGAACACUGAUGAGCUGAAUACGUUGACUAAUGAUAAUAAUGACACUAUUGGAGGUCCACGUGUUUUUGAUUGCUCUCUUGUUAAGCAUUUAAACUUGAUCUUGGCAUUGGGUAAGAAAAUGCCUUUAUAUGUCGAAGUCAUUGCUGUUGUUAUUGCUGUACUAGGGAUAAUUGGCAACAUAGCAACAGUUAUCACAAUUAUUGUGAAUAUGAAACUCCGAAAGCCUUAUUUCCUUGCUUUGUUAAGCCUUGCAAUUGCAGACUUGUUUGCACUGAUCCAAAGCAGUGUUAUUCUUUUUUAUGAAUUUGAAGUAUUCAUGUAUCUGCAAUGUUUGAAGCCAACAUUUGUUAUUAACAUAGCUAUCAUGAUUUCUGUAGAAAUGAACGCUAUAUUGAACAUCCUUCUCAUUGCUGUCGUAAAGUUCCUACUUCUUGUCUAUCCAAUUAAAAGUAAGACGUGUCUGACUAAUCAGCUAGUCAUUCUGAUGUGUCCUGCAAUGAUGGCUGCAAGUCUUUGCUAUGGUUUUGCCUCUUCUUUUGGGAUGAUGUUAUUGCCUUUAGAUUCAGAGCGCCUUCUUACGCAAAUUCCUGUACAAGUUAUCAGCACUGUUUUGCCCUGUUUGUUUAUCAUUGUGAUGCACAUCAUCAAAGUUGUCAAAAUGGGAAAAUCAAAAGCUCUCCAGAAGGAAGUGAAAACAAUGAAUUCUGUUCUUGUUUGUAUUAUUUCUAUCUUUCUUGUCUUUAACCUUCUGAAAAUAAUCAAUCCUUUGGUAAACACCUUUACAAGAAACAUAUUGAUCUCGCAGAUAUUGCACAUCACCAUAACCAUUGCUGCACUAUUCAAUCAUGCUGCAAAUCCUUAUAUCUACCUAGCCUUUACUCCUCUCGUUCAAGUACCAUUACAAAGGUUUUUGGAAAGAUUUAGAACUAGAAAGUAG